AAAGAAAUUCCUUCUAAUAAAAAUGUAGAAGAUUUCUGCAAUGCUAGUGGCAGUACGUCCUUCCAGCCAAUUAAAAGCCAGGUUACCAUCCCCACUGCUCUUGUUGUGCCUUCUACACUGGCAGUGUCUUCCAGUAAUACACAUGUUCAAGACAGAGCCCCACUUUCUACAGAAGCUGCUUUAUCGAUUUUCUCAACCCAACCUACGUUGGACCCUUCCACAGCGGAUGACACUAGAAAGUUUGAAAUGCCUAAUAUUGAACCUACCCUAAACCAGUCGGGUCUAUUGAAUACUUUCUGCAGCGAUAUGAAACAUGAAAUCCCUGCAGUAGCUGCUAGCUCAGUAGUUGCGCAUUUCAAAGCUCUGCCUGAAAGCAAAGAGACUGGAGUAGCUGAACUCACGCGCAGAACUGUUUUCUCAGGGGCCACACAUCAAGGAUGGGGGAUAGAUUCAUUUAAACAGUGUUCUGCAGGUGAAUAUAGUGCUUGGAGACGGCAACAAAAUCAGUACACAGAGAACCUAAGAAUGAACAUGGAAAAACUACAGCUUAUGAGAGACUACCCCACAAUGUUGAUACAUCCUGCUGCAAUACACCAAAGUUCAAAUGACUGGGAGAGAGCUGCGAAGGCCAGUGAUGGUAAUCUGCUGGAAAAACAGCUGAUGUUGGAAAGGCAAUGGCAGCAUAUCUCUCAGCUUGAGCAGAGACUAAGAGAGAGUGAGAUGAAGGCACACAACACUCUUUUAAGCCAAACCAGUCCUUACAAUGAUAUGUGCCUCAUCAGGUUGCAAGACCUCCAGCGAGAAGUUACCUUCUUAAGAGCCCAGUUUGCAGAGAAAACAGAGUCUUCUGGUCAUGAGAAGGGAGAGUUGGAGAAGAAAUUGUGUGCCAUGGAGGCAGAGAAUAGAGACCUGAGAGAGGCUAUAAAGGAGGCAGCCCUAAAACAUUCAGAUGAAUUGAAAAGGCAAGAGGAGCGAGUGAAAGGAAGAGAAAAGCAUAUUAAUUCUCUGAAAAAAAAGUGUCAGAAAGAGGCAGAGCAGAACAAGGAAAAGCAGCAGAAGAUUGAGUCAUUGGAGAGAUACAUGGCUGAUCUUCCCACUGCGCAGGACCACCAAAAACAAUUACGUCAGCUGAAUGAACUCCAAGAGAAGAACUGCCUUCUGCAGGAGCAAGUGAGUGACCUAGAAAACAAACUGGCAGAAGCUAGAGCAACCUGUAGGGAGAAUGAAACCAAGCUGACAGCUGAGAAUUUCAAAGCACAGGAGUAUUGGAAUACCAUUGAAAGUUUACAGAUGGAACUAAAGAAGCUGGAAACCACAGAGUGGAAAGUGGAAGAAAAGAGGUUAUUACAGGAGGCAGAGGAUUUACAACAGGAAGUGGAAUCUCUUCAAAAAGAUAAGGAAGGCUUAAGAAAGGUGGUAGAAAGCCAAAAUUUUUUCGGGACCAGUGUACCAUCCUGCUUCACGGUCGCUGACAUUAGCGGCUUGGUUCCUGAAGCCCUGGUCCUGAGGGACAGGGGCAUCUCUGAAUCAGUGAUUCCCAUGAUGCUAAAGGCUAGGAAGACUUUUUGGCUCAGGCAGAUCAUCGUCAAGCUUAAAGUCCUGAGAGGGCCCACUCCUACUAGAUCUGAGUUGCAAGAGCAUGUGGGUCAUGAAGAGGGCAUGGGGCAGGCCUUAAGAGAAGAAUCUCAGCGAAAAGAUGCUGCUCUACAACAGCUGAAGGUUGCAGUGAAAGAGUUGGCAAUCCAAAAUCAAGACCUAAUAGAGCGCAAUGUAACCCUACAAGAGCAGCUGAAACUGGCUUGUGUAAAGGGAGAACCGACACAAAUGGAGAUUGCUCAACUUCUCAAGCUUUACAAAGAGAUGAAUCGCUGUCAAAAGGACCUACGAUCUGUCUGCACUCUGCUGAGCCAAAGAAUGCAGGGCUCGGACCCUAACCUAUCCAUGCUACUAGGAGUAAACUCAACAUCAAUUGUGGAAGACCAAGAAGAACCCUCAGAUUUGGUGUCUCUUGAAAGAUAUGUGAAUGGAAUAAAACAGCUUAAGAAGGACAUUGAGGAUCUACGCACCACCAUAAGUGAUCGUUAUGCCCAGGACAUGGGGGAUAAUUGUAUUACACAGUGAAUGAUACAUUGAGGACAGGACUGUAUUACAAUGUCUACUUAGAUGCACUAGUUGUGGCUUUUCGAGGCUGAAGAGAAAACC